AUGAACGAGUCCUACGACGCCGUCGUCGUCGGCGCCGGGUGGUUUGGUCUGGCCGCUGCCAAAGCGUUCAGACAACUUCACCCAGACGCCAGAUUCGCCAUCCUCGAGUCCGCCGAGUCAUGCGGUGGAACAUGGUCAAAGAAUCGACUCUACCCCGGCCUAAAGUCAAACAACAUGGUUGGGACAUAUGAGUUUCCCGACUUUCCCAUGUUGGAAGAGACAUAUGGUGUCAAGCCCAACAGUCACAUCCCUGGAGCAGUUCUCCACCGCUAUCUCACAGACUUUUCAAAGCAUUUCGGCUUUUUCGAUCAGAUCCAGUUCAACACAUCUGUUAACUUGGUUGAACGCAAUGGAGAAGAUGGCUGGCGUCUCCAUGUUACCGCGCCAGAUGGAAGUCGAACGCUCGACACUGCCAAAUUAAUCCUAGCGACCGGUCUGACAUCAACACCAAAUAUCCCAUCGUACAAAAGCUCUGAGACUUUCGGCGCCCCAUUCUUCCAUGCAAAAGACUUCUGCAAGGAGGCACCCAACCUCAAGGUCAAAAACGCGGUAGUCGUCGGCGGAGCAAAGUCUGCCUACGAUGUAGCCUACGCCUUGGUCCAAGACGGUGCAGACGUCGAUCUGGUAGUACGCCCAACUGGAAACGGACCGGUGUGGAUCUCGCCAGCAUUUGUGACGCCCUUCAAAAAGAGGAUGGAUCAGCUGCUCAACAUCCGCUGGAUGACGUGGUUUAGCCCCUGCCCUUGGGGAGAUGCGGAUGGCUUCCCCCGUAUUCGACGAUUUCUACACGGGACUACCGUUGGCCGGUUCAUCGUGGACACAUUUUGGAAGGUCCUGAGUAGCGACGUCAUCUCCGCGAAUGCCUACGAUUCUCACCCGGAAUUGAAGAAGCUCAAGCCCUGGCACUCGGCAUUUUGGAUCGGAAGUGGCCUCAGCAUCCUCAAUUAUGAUAGUUCCCUUUUUGAUCUUGUCAAGCAGGGCAGGAUUCGCGUCCACAUAGAUGAUAUCGACCGGCUUGAACCCGGAAAGGUCCGUCUCUCUUCAGGCCACGAACUCGAGACAGAUGCCAUCAUUUGCUCAACAGGCUGGAAGAAAGAAUCGUCCAUCAGAUUUGCUGGCCUCGGUCAAGAGGGGCUAGGUCUUCCCUACUCAGCCUCUGAGAAGAAAGCGUUAAGCGAAAUCGCUGAUGCAAGGGUGCUGUCACUGUAUCCUCGGUUGAAGCACCAACCAAAGCUUAACACUCAGCCUAGGGAGGCGAGCCCGUUGCGAUAUUAUCGCUUCAUGGUUCCUUCUACAAUGAUUUCCUCUCGCAACCUUGCUUUCGCGGGAAUGAUCUCGUCGGUAAGCACAGCAACGUGCGCAACAAUCCAAGGCCAUUGGAUAGCCGCUUUUCUCGCCGGGAAGCUGGACCGCAUCUCUACAUCUGAGGCAGAGAUCAUGAGCGAGAUCAUGCUACACACGCAAUGGGGCAAAUGGCGCUACCCCUGUGGCUAUGGUGCUGACCUCCCCGAUUUUGUGUUUGAGGGGCUGCCUUAUGUCAAUAUGUUAAUGAAGGAUCUCGGUCUGAAGACGCACAGAAAGUCUAGCCGUUUUCGUGAGCUCACAUCUCCCUACCUCCCAGCCGACUUUCGUGGCUUAGUCGAGGAGUGGAAGAAGAUUCAUGGCAAUGAGGUUAAAGAGCCGCAAACGAAACCCGACAAGGAUAUUGUAACUACAGCUGUGGAGAUAUAGAGGCUGGCAGUACCGGGCGCGAGGGCGGAAGUUCAUGGAAUAUCACAUAAGAGAGAUCAUACUAGCAGAAGUGGGGCGGCCAGUAAUGAGAGAAUCGCUGUACGCGGAAGAGGG